AUGGGUCGGCGUACGGGAAUGGAGACUGGUUCCGAGGCAGGGGGCAGGCUAUUGGCCCUCAGGUUUAAGAAUAUUGAUAAUAAUUUAUUCCAGGCUUCAACGAUUGAUGGCCGCCGAAAAGGAGCUUGUCUCUUCUGCCAGGAGUACUUUAUGGACCUGUACCUCUUGGCUGAGCUCAAGACCAUCUCUCUCAAAGUCACCACAGUGGAUAUGCUUAAGCCACCACCAGACUUCAGGUCAAAUUUUGAGGCGACCCCUCCACCUAUCCUGAUAGACAAUGGACUGGCUGUUCUAGAAAAUGACAAGAUUGAGAGACACAUCAUGAAGAACAUCCCUGGUGGCCACAAUCUUUUUGUACAGGAUAAAGAUGUUGCUCAGCGAACAGAGAAUGUUUAUAGUAAAUUUAAGCUGAUGUUGCUGAAGCGUGAUGAUAGUUCCAAGAAUAUUCUGCUGAAUUACCUUCGCAAGAUCAAUGAUCAUCUUGGUGAAAGAGGAACCCGUUUCCUCACAGGGGACACCAUGUGCUGCUUCGACUGUGAGCUCAUGCCAAAGCUGCAGCACAUCCGUGUAGCUGGUAAUACUUUGCUGACUUUGAGAUCCUGAGAGCUGGAAACUUCAUGC